CGGAGGCGACCCAGGAGGGAGCGUUCACCCUCAUCACUAUGGGUCCUUCCCGAAGGAUGUACCUGAUCCUGAGCUGUUUCUUGACAGGCCCAUGGCUGUCCACUUGCCAGUCUCUGUUUCCUGCUAUUCUUCCAAACAAAGAUGAGAUGGUUGUGCAGCUGAAUUCCCCCUUCACUCUGAAAUGUUCUGGGGACAGUGAAGUCAAUUGGCAAUACCCAAUACCUGAAGGCAACGAUACUGUAGACAUCAGGAAUGAAGAGAACAACAGUGGCCUUUUUGUGACUGUGCUUGAAGUGAAAAACGCGUCAGCUUCUCACACUGGAUUGUAUACUUGCUACUACAAUCAUUCUCAAGAAGAAGAUGGUGAGGUUGAGGGGAAGGAUAUCUACAUUUAUGUGCCAGAUCCAGCUGUCCCCUUUGUUCCUACGUCUCCAGAAGAUGUAUUCAUUGUCAUUACUGAGGAAGAUGAAUCGACCACCAUCCCUUGUCGCACAAGUGACCCUAACGCUCAAGUAACUUUAACAAACAGUGAAGGAAAAGUUGUGUAUGCCUUUUACGACAACAGGCAGGGUUUUACCGGAAACUUCUCUGCAGGCUCCUACAUGUGCAAGACCAUAGUGAAGGCAGUGGAGUUCCUGUCUGGAGAAUUUUUUGUCUAUGUAUACAAAGCUACUUCACAUCUUCAAGUUGAGAUUGAGUCCCCCAAGACUGUGUAUAAAACAGGAGAAACAGUUGUUGUAUCUUGUGUGGUCUUGGAUAACGAAGUUGUGAAUUUACAGUGGAAUUAUCCAGGGAAAGUGAAGAACAAAGGUAUCAUCUCACUGGAGGACAUCAAAAUUCCAACUCAGAAACUGGUCUACAACUUGACCAUCCCAGAUGCUUCAGUGAAGGACUCUGGAGAUUAUGAGUGUACUGCUCGACACGUGACCAAAGACUAUAAGAAAACAAAAAGAGUAAUCAUCACAGUCCAUGAUAAAGGGUUCAUUUAUUUGGAACCCCAUUUUAAUUCCAUGGAAGCAGUCAACCUACAUGAAGUUAAAAACUUUGCAGUUGAUGUGCAUGCAUAUCCAGAGCCAAGAAUCUUUUGGCUGAAGGACAAUGUCACUCUGAUGGAGAAUCUCACAGAGAUUGUCACUAGCUCUAAGCAGAUCCAGGAGACGAGGUAUCAGAGUAUAUUUAAAUUAAUUCGUGCCAAGGAAGAAGAUACUGGAUACUAUACUCUUGUAGCACAGAAUGAAGAUGAAAUCCAAAGAUAUACUUUCUCUUUGCUCAUACAAGUUCCAGCUUUAAUUUGAGAUCUGCUAGAUAAUCAUCAUGGCUCAGCUGGGCAGAGAGUAAGAUGUUUGGCAGAAGGGACACCCCUGCCUGAUGUCGAGUGGCUGGUUUGCAAGGACAUUAAAAAAUGCAGCAAUGACUCCUCAUGGACUCUCCUGACAAGCAAUGUCUCUGAUAUUACCAUGGAGACUCGCCUGGAUGAGAGAAACAUGGUUGAAAGCCAAGUGACUUUCCAGAAGGUGGAAGAAACACUGGCUGUCCGAUGCAUGGCGAGGAAUGACCUGGGGACCGUUACACGGGAACUGAAGCUUGUGGCUCCAACUUUAAGAUCUGAACUGACUGUUGCUGCUGCAAUCCUAGUGUUGCUAGUGAUUGUAAUAAUUUCGCUGAUUGUCCUGGUAAUCAUAUGGAAACAGAAACCAAGAUAUGAAAUCAGAUGGAGAGUCAUUGAGUCCAUCAGUCCUGAUGGCCAUGAAUAUAUCUAUGUGGACCCCAUGCAGCUGCCCUAUGAUUCAAGAUGGGAAUUUCCCAGAGAUGGAUUAGUGCUGGGUCGAAUCCUUGGCUCCGGAGCAUUUGGGAAAGUAGUUGAAGGAACUGCCUAUGGAUUAAGCCGGUCACAGCCAGUGAUGAAAGUGGCUGUGAAAAUGUUGAAGCCCACUGCACGAUCCAGUGAAAAACAGGCUCUCAUGUCUGAAUUAAAGAUAAUGACCCAUCUUGGACCUCACUUGAACAUAGUUAACCUGUUAGGAGCCUGUACAAAAUCAGGUCCAAUAUACAUCAUAACAGAAUACUGCUUUUAUGGAGACUUGGUGAACUACCUACAUAAAAAUAGGGACAACUUUCUGAACCGAUAUCCUGAGAAGACCAAGAAGGAUCUGGACAUCUUUGGGAUGAACUCAGCCGAUGAAAGUACUCGGAGUUAUGUAAUCCUAUCCUUCGAAAACAAUGGUGAAUAUAUGGACAUGAAACAAGCAGAGACAACUCAAUAUGUGCCAAUGCUAGAAAGGAAAGAUAGAUCAAAAUAUUCUGACAUCCAAAGAUCACUUUAUGAUCGACCAGCUUCAUAUAAGAAGAAAUCCCUAUCAGAUGACAAUUCAGAAGGCCUCAGUUUGCUGGACCUACUAAGCUUCACUUACCAAGUGGCUCGAGGAAUGGAGUUCUUAGCAUCUAAAAAUUGUGUGCAUCGCGAUUUGGCAGCACGAAAUGUCCUCUUGGCGCAAGGGAAAAUUGUGAAGAUCUGUGACUUUGGAUUGGCUAGAGAUAUCAUGCAUGACUCGAACUAUGUGUCCAAAGGCAGUACCUUCCUUCCAGUGAAAUGGAUGGCACCUGAAAGCAUUUUUGAUAACCUGUAUACAACAUUAAGUGAUGUCUGGUCUUAUGGCAUUCUGCUCUGGGAAAUAUUUUCUCUUGGUGGUACCCCUUACCCUGGCAUGAUGGUUGACUCUACAUUUUAUAACAAAAUCAAAAGUGGCUAUCGAAUGGCAAAGCCGGACCAUGCUACCAAUGAAGUAUAUGACAUCAUGGUGAAAUGCUGGAACAGUGAACCUGAGAAAAGGCCUUCUUUUUACCACUUGAGUGAAAUAGUUGAAAAUCUGUUGCCUGGAGAAUACAAGAAGAGUUACGAGAGGAUUCACUUAGACUUCCUGAAGAGUGACCACCCUGCUGUCACACGCAUGAGAGCUGACUGUGACAACACCUACAUUGGAGUCACUUACAAGAAUGAGGACAAACUGAAGGACAGAGAGAGUGGAUUUGAUGAACAAAGACUCAGUGCUGACAGUGGCUACAUAAUCCCCCUGCCAGAUAUUGACCCUGUCUCUGAAGAUGAACUUGGAAAAAGGAACAGGCACAGUUCCCAGACAUCCGAAGAAAGUGCCAUUGAAACUGGUUCCAGCAGUUCUACAUUUGUCAAGCGAGAAGAUGAGACCAUUGACGACAUUGAUAUUAUUGAUGACAUUGGAAUGGAUUCCUCAGAACUGGUGGAGGACAGCUUCCUGUAACUCUGAAGGAUGUAGUAACCAUUGUUUGAGCUUAUUUGAAGUGAAAGGGGAAUCUCCACAUAUAGCUCAUUGACUUUUGAUUCUAUAAGGAAAACCACUUUAAAACAGACCAUAAAGACUGGAAACGCCACGUGUCCCAAUACGGAGCAUUGGAAUCUCACCUGGUUUGUAAAUAACAAGACAAGACAUUUGGAAACCAGCUUUUAAGUGUAUUGGUAGCAUCUCAGUAUUGCUUGCAGUUUUCCGUAGACAUGUGGACAAAGGAAAAUGCCAUGACUGGUCCGAUUUGUGUUUCAAGGGCAUUCACAACUCAGAUGGAUAACAUUUCCAACAUGGUGAAACAUUCCCAAUGUUAUUUUAUAAAUACCUGUUUUUACCAGGGUAUUUUGUGGAGUCUGCCUUUCUAAAAGAAGACCACUCAAGACUUCUGCAUAUUUUCUUCAUUCAAGUCUCAUUAUAAGCUGCUGUUGAAUGGCAAUAUGAGAAGAUGAAGUACAUUUUUAACCACUUUUGAAACUCAAAGGGAUUCAUACUAGGUAAUCUUUUACUUUUUGCAGCUAAUGCAAAGAAAAGGGAAUGAUAAUAAUUUCCAAAUCUUAUACAAUAGCUUAGUAAAAGAAACGAGACUCUUCAUAACCAUAGAGGAAUAGUUGUUUACCUAUUACUACUGUUCUCAGUAUUACUACGUAUAGUUUAUAACUACUCCUUGUCCUUCAUUAAAAACACAGUACUUAAAAAGUUUACUAAUGAACUAAAGUAUUUUAGGACUUAAACAUUUAAACAAAAGAGCUAUUCUAUUGACUGUUAACGAUUUUGGUAAAUUAAAACUAGUUUAGGAAGUAGGAUGAGCUAACAUAUCCCUAAGGUAUCCAGUAGUAAUUUUCCAUCCUUAGUGGUGUAGCUUUCCUAAUACAAUGGAUUGAUAUGCUGGUGAAACCUCCUUUGAUUCUGCAGAACUCUUUAACUUCUGAAGUCUAUUUUCAAACCUUUCUUUGCAUUCAGGUUUCUCAAGUUAUUGUACAAUAGAUGUGUCUGGCUAAUCAAUCAUUAGCUAGGCUGCUCUGAGCAUUCAGAGAAGGCACUGCACAUCUGAAAGUUUGUUUUGGGUUUACAUGUGACUAAUUGAUUUGAUGCACCAAAUGCUCUUUCUGAAAAAGCUUCUUUCGGGGCCUGCGAUUUCCAAUUAAGUAUGUAGCCAUUUUUGCACACAUAAAAAGAAAGGUUCUAGUUUAGCAUUAACUUUUAAGAGAAGCAUAAUUGGAUCAUGAUGUCAUCACAAAGUGGUCAAGCACCAGUCUUUUACAACCACUCCAAUAGGCACUGAAUCAGGCGUAAAGGAACUGUAGAAGCCUUUCCAUGCAUUACACUUUGGGGCAGGGUGGUGGCAUAUGCACAUUUAAAACAAAUAAUGGGCCACACCUCCUUAUUGUGAAUGACAGAAGCCUGUCUUUGUAAUGUGCAAAAUGGCCUGGGGGAACAUUGUUUUUUUCUUUGGGGCAUUCUCAAACAAGAGUGUGCGAUAUAAAACCUUCUUUAAUUUGCAUUCCUUACACAAAUAUUAGUGUAACUGUGUUAAAAUUGUUUUAUGAUUUAAAGUGCAAUGCUAUACAUGUCUACUCAGUUCAGUAAAACUCAUCUCCGGAUGUGUACUGCAGCCUUAGGCUGUGAUUUUGUCCUGGUGUCUGUGGAAAUCAUGAACUGGAAUCUGUCUAUGAAAUGUAGGGAUUGGGAGAUAAUGGUGCACAAAAAGGGAUACUGUGAUCUUAUAAAUUCAGUACUUAAUUUCUAUAAAGAGCAAUGUCAGAAGGCUAACUUACUUAAAAGUUAUGACUCAUUGACUCAUUCGCUCUGAAAGCCAUGUUCCUUAAGCCUAAAUAUGCAUGCAAUGAAGUGUAGAUGCUCAGUGAUGAGGGGAAAGGAACUUGACCCAUUCUCAGAGGCUAUUUAAAACUAUAAAUAUACCAAGACUGAGACUUGGUACUGGAAUCAGAUGCUAGAUCUGAGGCCUGGCAUUAAGUUAGUAUUACACAAUCUGGCCCCAUAUGAACUUGUCCAGGAUUUCCUGCAAAAUUAAUGGUCACUCAGUACCAGUAAGAAUAGUGAAUAGUAGCAAUUGUUUUGGGGUGGAUGACCAGUUUGAGCAACAUGAAAUGUUUUAUAACUAAUUCAUAGAUGUGCCUAUGGUUACAGCAGAGGCUCCAUAAAUUACUAAUAUGAUUGAUAGAGGACUAAUGCAUAAUCAUAGCAUGUGAUGGAGCACUGGCUCUGUUGGUGCUAAGCUUCAGAGUAGUCAAUAUUACUGGGCACACCAGAACUGUUCAUGAGCAACUGAAAGGACUGGAAAAAAAAGUGCAAUGCACAUCAACAUUGGACUGGUAAUGAUUUGGUGAAUAAUUACAUACACCUUAGUGUCAACCAUUGUUUAGUGUCAAGUGAUAUGUUGCUGGAAUGAAUUAGUAAAAACUCAGUUUUUUCCACCCUCAAACACAGAUCUUCCCAGAGAUUUCAUUGAUUUCCUUGGGAGAUAGUUACCGGCAAGCAUUCACAUUUCUCUCCCCCAUUGGAAAUGAUGGGAUCUGAAUGUUCUUCAUUGUCGCAGGCUUGUGCACAAAGUACAUUCUGUGGUAAAUAAUUCACUGUGAUUUUGAACACUAGAACACAAUGGCUGAAAUCGAGGAGUAACUCACAACCGAAGUAGCCACAUUGACUCAGUGGGGAUGUAGUUCACCGACUCCUCCAUAGGUUCUAUUGAUUCAAUGGGCCUACUCUUGUUGUGACUUUUGGAUUUUCGUCGGAGUAUGAAACAAGGCGUAGAACUAUAUAGGCAAAACUAAUAAAUUCAAUGCGAUGUUUUGGUUGUUGUGGGUUUUUCGGGCUCUUUGGCUGUGUUCUGAAGGUUGUUUAGAGUGCUGUCCUCUGA